AGCUUCAGGUGGUGAGGAUGGACCGAGCCCCAAGCUCUAGCCCAAGUGGCACCAGUCAAACAUCACAACCUACCCAACAUGAACCCAUCAGCUUCGGCAUUGACCAGAUUCUCAGCGGCACCGAUCAAGAGCCACAGCAGAACUCGACCAGGAAUAACUCCGAGAGCAGCAGCAGCGGCAGCGCGAGCGGAGGCAGUUACCAUCUCGGCAGCCCAACAGGAGCGAGCGCAACGCCGUACACACUAACCGGCACUUUUCACGGCAUCGCGGCUCCAUAUGAGGAAUCCAGUCCAUACGGAGUGAACUUGACCCUUGCACACGGAGGAGUGAUUAGGGUCCCGGCUCACAGGCCCCUGGCCGCGGCCGUGCCUCCACCCAUGGCCAGCGCGGUGCCCGGUCUUGGGAGCCUCAGUUUUCCCUGGAUGGAGAGCAGCCAGCGCUUCGCAAAAGACAGGUUUGCAGCAGCCCUGACGCCUUUCACUGUGGCUCGCCGUAUUGGUCACCCGUACCAGAACCGCACACCACCUAAGAGAAAGAAGCCCCGUACGUCUUUCUCCCGAGUGCAGAUCUGUGAGCUGGAGAAGCGCUUCCACAGACAAAAAUACUUGGCCAGCGCUGAACGAGCAGCUUUGGCUAAAACUCUGAAAAUGACAGACGCCCAGGUCAAAACCUGGUUUCAAAACCGCAGGACCAAGUGGAGACGGCAGACGGCGGAAGAGAGGGAGGCAGAGCGCCAGCAGGCAAACCGGCUGAUGAUUCAACUCCAGCACGAUGCCUUUCAGAAGUCUUUGACUGAUUCAAUUUCAACAGACCCGCUCUGCAUCCACAACUCAUCACUCUUCGCCCUGCAGAACAUACAGCCUUGGGCGAGCGAGGAGAGCGGCAAGCUUGGGGGAGUGACUGCGCUCGUAUGAGUA